AGUGACUGUGGCAAAUGGUCUUUCCUCUGACUCGCCCACUCCACAACACCCAAGUCCUCCCAGGUCCUUAGGCAGUCCGAAAGAUGCCUUUGGGCGCUAUCCUCCGGUUCCUUGAACGAGGACUAAUGAAACCCACGCCACUGUCAAGGCGAAAACACUGAGAGGGUCGUUCGUUCGCUCGUCAGCCUCCUCCCCUCCUCGUCUGUGCCUAUGACAUGCCUACAGUAGCCAGACAAGGAGCACAGGCUUGGGGAUGGGGAGUGUGUGGAGGCGGAGGGGGAUGCUCAGAGCUUAGCAAAAGCCGACCGGAGGCUGCUUUUUGCCCUCCCCGUUCCACCUCCUCUUCUUGGUAUCUCCCCACUCGGGAGACAGGAGGCGAGAGAGAGGGAGAGAAAAGGAGAGCUGCCUUUCUCUGCUCGUCUUGACUCUUAAGACACCUCGUCCUCCUCCUGGCCUCACCUUCUGGGAUCCCCUUUGGCACGCUGUCCACAGCCUCCCCGCCUGGAGCUGCUUCCAUCGUGACCAGUCGCAUCGCUAACCUUGAUAUUAUAUAUUCAUUCUUUCCGCCUGUUUUUCCGCCCACCCACUCCGUCCACGCCACGUUUGCCCGGCUGCCAGGACCCAACGCAGGUUGAGGCUGCUGCUGCUGUUUCUCCGCUGCUUCUUUGGCCGCCUCUGUCCCGUGUGAAAAACCAAAGCAACCUCUGUAUCUGGCGUGCCCCUCCUCGCUGCCAUUUUUUGGGGGGGAAGAACCUCCAAGGCUUUGGGAGCUCUAGCAUGGGAUACCCACUCGUCUCCAAGGACAGCUUGCUGCCCGAGCGCUUCGCCUCCUGAAAUUCCUCCCGGUGCUAAGGGACAACUAAGAGAAUGAAGACUCUAAGUCCCCAGUGGAAGCAUGAUAUGGCGAUGCAGUACUGGUGCUGAAUUGUUCUCUCUGAUGGCUCUAUGGGAGUGGAUAGCCCUGAGUCUUCAUUGCUGGGUUUUAGCGGUUGCUGCUGCUUCAGAUCAGCAUGCCACAAGCCCCUUCGACUGGCUCCUCUCGGAUAAGGGACCCUUUCAUCGCUCCCCAGAAUACACCGAUUUUGUGGACAGAAGCCGACAGGGAUUUAGCACAAGAUACAAGAUUUACAGGGAAUUUGGUCGUUGGAAAGUUAACAAUUUAGCUGUUGAGAGAAAAAACUUUCUUGGCUCCCCACUGCCUCUCGCCCCUGAAUUUUUCCGAAACAUAAGGCUAAUAGGACGUAGGCCAACUCUUCAACAGAUCACAGAAAACAUUAUCAAGAAAUAUGGGACACACUUCCUGCUGUCAGCUACCCUGGGAGGAGAGGAGUCACUCACAAUUUUUGUGGACAAGCGGAAGCUGAGUAGGAGAUCAGAAACAAGUGAUCCCAGCCUUAACAGUACAAUGGUGACUCUGGAAACAUUGCACCAACUGGCGGCUUCAUACUUCAUUGACAGGGACAGCACAUUGAGAAGACUGCAUCAUAUUCAGAUUGCUUCCACUGCUAUAAAGGUAACAGAAACCCGGACUGGUCCUCUUGGCUGCAGUAACUAUGACAACCUAGAUUCUGUCAGUUCUGUUCUGGUACAGAGUCCGGAAAAUAAGAUUCAGUUGCAAGGUCUUCAGCUUAUCCUACCUGAAUAUUUGCAAGAACGUUUUGUGCAGGCAGCUCUGAGCUACAUUGCUUGCAACUCAGAAGGGGAAUUUAUCUGCAAGGACAACGAUUGUUGGUGUCAGUGUGGUCCCAAAUUCCCAGAAUGCAACUGUCCAUAUAUGGAUAUUCAAGCUAUGGAGGAGAGCCUACUUCGCAUAAGUGAGACCUGGAAUACUUACAAUAAUGAGUUUGAAGAUUCGGAUGAAUUCAAGUUCUUUAUGAAAAGGAUGCCCAUGAACUAUUUCCUCAACACAUCUGCCAUAAUGCAUUUGUGGACAAUGGAUUCAAAUUUCCAGCACCGCUAUGAGCAACUGGAAACCAGCAUGAAACAACUGUUCCUUAAGGCACAGAGAGUUGUUCAUAAGCUCUUUAGCCUUAGUAAGAGGUGCCAUAAACAGCCACUCAUCAGCUUGCCAAGACAAAGAUCUUCUACCUAUUGGCUGAAUCGCAUCCAGUCCUUUCUGUACUGCAAUGAGAAUGGCCUUUUGGGUAGCUUUUCUGAAGAGACUCAUUCAUGUACAUGCCCUAAUGACCAAGUUGCCUGCCUUGGCUCUUUGCCAUGCAUUGUGGGAGAUGGUUCAGCCUGUUUAACAUGUGCCCCUGAUAACCGUACCCGCUGUGGGGCCUGUAACACUGGGUACAUGCUGAGCCAAGGAAUCUGCAAGCCUGAAGUAGCAGACUCAACUGAGCACUAUAUUGGGUUUGAGACUGACCUUCAAGAUUUGGAGAUGAAGUAUUUGCUGCAGAAAACAGAUCGCCGGAUUGAGGUUCAUGCAAUCUUCAUCAGUAAUGAUAUGCGUCUCAAUAGCUGGUUUGACCCUUCCUGGCGAAAACGGAUGCUUCUUACUCUUAAGAGUAACAAGUACAAAUCUAGUUUGGUCCAUAUGAUGUUGGGUCUCUCUCUUCAAAUUUGCCUAACAAAAAACAGCACCUUGGAGCCUGUCUUGGCUGUUUAUGUCAACCCUUUUGGAGGUAGCCACUCUGAGAGCUGGUUUAUGCCUGUCGAUGAAAACAGUUUCCCAGACUGGGAGCGGACUAAACUGGACUUACCACUUCAGUGUUAUAACUGGACGCUGACUCUAGGGAACAAGUGGAAGACAUUUUUUGAGACUGUCCACAUCUACUUGAGGAGUCGUAUUAAGACAAAUGGUCCCAAUGGCAAUGAGAGCAUCUAUUAUGAACCCCUGGAGUUUAUUGAUCCUUCACGGAACCUGGGCUACAUGAAAAUCAACAACAUCCAAGUGUUCGGCUACAGCAUGCACUUUGACCCGGAAGCAAUCCGGGACUUGAUUUUGCAGUUGGACUACCCCUAUACUCAGGGAUCCCAGGAUUCUGCACUCUUGCAACUGCUAGAAAUACGGGACCGUGUAAAUAAGCUCUCUCCACCUGGCCAACGUCGUCUGGACCUUUUCUCAUGCCUGCUGCGUCAUAGACUCAAGUUGUCAACCAGUGAGGUGGUGAGGAUUCAAUCUGCUUUGCAGGCCUUCAAUGCCAAAUUGCCAAACACAGUGGAUUAUGACACAACCAAAUUAUGUAGUUAACCAUACGUGUGAAGCACAACAGAAAACAAACCAACCAUGAAGGAGUUUUUACAGUGCUUUUGUGGAACAGUUUAUGUUUGGAAGAGUAAAUUUAAAUUGUCUUUUCAAUAUCUGUCUUAUAUCAGUCAAUAACAUUGGAUGGCAAUCUACACUCAUGAACUUGCUGACAAAUGAAUAUAUUAUAACUGCAAUUUUUUUGGCUUUGUUUUAUGAAUGAAAAUAAAUACUGACACCAGUCUAGAAGACAUUCUACUUUUUACAAUAAAUUUCAUUUGUAAUUUUAUAUGUUCCGUGGCAAUGCUUUUGUGCAUUACAUCCUCUAGAGGGAACAUAAAAGGAUACCAAUAAAAUUUUGUAGCUGAACAGUUAUUAAAAAGAAAUGCUGUGGGAUUCA